AUGGUGCAUGUAGUGACAAGAGAACUGGACUUUGACAUAGUGAGAACCAUGUAUUGGACCGACAGCACUGCCGUUCUGAGAUAUAUCGCCAAUGUGCAAGCAAGGUAUCUGACGUUUGUAGCCAAUCGGGUACAACUUAUCAGAGAAUCAACCAGUCUAUCCCAGUGGCAUCAUGUGAGCACAAGGGAGAAUCCAGCAGAUAUGACUUCCAGAGGCGUUAAGAGAACACAAGACUUGAUAAAUGGCAUCUGGUUCAAGGGACCAGAUUUCUUGUGGCGAUCAGAAUCAGAGUGGCCGAGAUAUGUGUUAAUAGACUUAGACGUGGUGGAUGUGGAAAUGAAAUCAAGCUGCACCAUAGUAGAGGCUGGAGAUAAGUCAGUGGUUGACAUGUUGGUGUCCAAAAUCUCAAAUUGGAAGAAGAUGAAAAGAGUGAUGGCUUGGGUUUUGAUUGCUAAACAGAAGUUCUUGACCAAGAUUCGACAGAACGCAGGGGUUGUUGCCGGCAGAAGUUGCGUUGUACAAGAUCCUGGGCAACUGACAGUAGAGUUAUUAAACAGAGCCGAGGAUUUUAUUUUGAAGGAAGUGCAAUCUAGUGCCUUUGAAAGAGAGAUUAAGGAGCUUGAGGCUGGAAAUACUGUGAGCAAGACCAGCGUAUUGUUCAAAUUCAACCCUAUAAUAGGUGAGGGUGGAUUGGCAAGAGUUGGAGGAAGAAUAAGCAAGGCAGACGUAGCGUAUGAGGCAAAGCAUCCUGUGUUCCUUCCCAAGAAUUCAAGUGUGGCAGAGAUGAUCGUGAGAGAGAUUCAUAAAGAUGUUGGUCAUCUCUGGAAGAAUACCAUUCUUCUGGCAAGACUCACAGAGCGGUACUGGCUCUUUGGAGCGAAUGGGAUAGCAACGAAGGUCGCCAGAAAAUGUGUCAGAUGCAAGCGUUACCAGCUUAAGCCAUGUGAACAAGUGAUGGCCGAUUUGCCUUCUAAUAGAGUCCAGGCAGAUGGAGCACCUUUUGAACAUGUUGGCGUGGACUAUUUUGGUCCGCUGAUGGUGAAGAGAGGCAGAUCAGAGGUCAAACGAUACGGAGUAAUUUUUACCUGCCUGUCGUCUCGAGCCGUCCAUCUUGAGGUAGCGCAUAGCCUGGACACUGAUUCAUGCAUUAAUUCAAUCAGAAGAUUUAUGGCAAGAAGAGGACCUGUGGUUACCAUUACAUCCGACAAUGGAACCAAUCUGGUUGGCGCGGAGAAGGAAUUGAGAGAGAUGUGGAAGAAGAUUGAUCAAGCCAAGAUGAAGGGUGUACUCAAUAAUGUUGGGAUUGAUUGGAUCUUUAACCCAUCAACAGCAUCCCAUUUUGGUGGAGUGUGGGAGAGGAUGUUUAGGUCAACUAGGAAGAUCCUAUACAGCAUCAUGAGAGAUGAAGCACGUUUACUUGAUGAUGAAGCGCUAGUAACCUUCUUUUGCGAAGCGGAGGGUAUACUCAACAGUCGACCUUUGACAACGACAUCUACGGAUCCAGGGGAUAUGUUGCCUUUAACUCCCAAUAUGCUGAUAAACCCCAGAGGAAGAGUUAUCCAUUCACCAGGAGUUUUUGUGAGUAAGGAUGCAUAUGCCAGGAAACGUUGGAGACAUGUACAGCACUUGGUGGAUGUCUUCUUGUCUAGAUGGAGGAAAUAG